UAGAAUAGUCGGAACAGUUUGAAUUUGAAGAAGGUUUUAGAAAAGAACGUGACUUUUAAUUAUGUAAAAAUUAUAUGUCUUAGUACAUUCUGCUUAGUUAAAAACGUUGUUAUUAAAAACAUGAUGUUUGGAAAAGAAUCUGAGAUCAUCCGUUUUUGAAACAAAUUAUCCUGCUGUGUAAUCAACCGUUCUUCUUCUCAGCACACCGCAUUCGCCAAAAUGAAAACUAUUUUUGAUUGCCAUUUUCCGUAUCAACAAAUAAAUAAUUCAUAGUGGCAAAAGUGUAUAUCUUUCGGUUUCUGGUCAAAGGCACUUUCCUCCCACUAAAAGACAUUACACUAUUUACUUCUGCCAAAAUCUACACUUUUUGUAAAUUUUGAACAGAUAAAAGUUUACUAUUCAGCAAUGGCAUCUCGUUCAAAGAUCCAUGGUGGCGGCAAACAGUUUGUGUGUGAAACUUGUUCAAAGCUAUUUUCUUCGUGUUCCAGUUUAAAGACGCAUAUAAGAAUCCAUACUGGCGAAAAGCCGUAUCCGUGCGAUUAUUGUUCAAAAACAUUUUCUGACCUUACACACUUAAGGACGCAUAUAAUUGGCCACACUGGCAAAAAGCCUUUUUCGUGCGAACAUUGCUCGAGGGCAUUUCCUACAAAUUUUGAGUUAAAGAAACAUACAAGAGUCCAUACCGGCGAAAAGCCAUACAAGUGUGACUAUUGUUUAAAGGCGUUUUCUCAAAGUUCAGGAUUAAGGACACAUAUGAAGAUCCAUACUGGCGAAAAGUCCCAUUUAUGUGAAUUUUGUUCAAAGAGUUUUACCAACGCUUCACACUUAAGGAAUCAUACGAGAAUCCAUACUGGCGAAAAGCCAUUUUCGUGUGAAAUCUGUUCAAAGGCGUUCCGUCAGCAGGGGACCUUGAAGGAACAUGUGAGAGUCCAUACUGGCGAAAAACCCUACUCAUGCGACUAUUGUUUAAAAGCGUUUUCUAGAGCUUUGCAUUUGAAGGUGCAUAUGCGAGUCCAUACUGGCGAACGGUUGCAUUCGUGCGAAAUAUGUUCAAAGACUUUUCGUUCAGCUUCGUACGUCAAGAAACAUGCGAGGAGCGCCCAUAAUGGCGAAAAGCCGCAUUCGUGUGAUUAUUGUAAGAAAACGUUUUCUGACAUUGGACGCUUGAAAAGACACAUGAGAUACGUGUGCAAGACUUUCCGUCCCGAGACGGAUUUCCGUCCCUCCGAUUUCGCCGAGACGGAACGACAAUCAGAUCACAUUUCUUCAGUUUUUACUUCCAAAGCAACAAAAAAUUAUUCAUUUUAAUAUUUAUUCAUCAAUAAUGUACCAU